AUGACAGCACUUAUGUAUUAUCUCGAAUCUUGAGACUGUUGAGUCCUGCUCGACCAUCCUCUCCAUGACCCGCCCAUCCACUGCUGCUGCCGGAGCCUGGUCAGGUGUUCGUGGUACAGCCACCUCAACUUUUGCUUUUGGAAGAACUGAUUGGAUUUUCGUGUCCGGACAAACACAAUCAAGGCCAUGCUCAGACGGAUACUACAAAUGACUCCUGGGAAAGGAGGCUCCCAGAACGCAGAGUCAGAGCAGCCCAGCACAGACCUUAAUCAUGAUCAAACCUCUGAGGGCUUCAUCUGUCCUCAGUGCAUGAAAUCUCACAACUCUGCGGAGGAGCUGUUCAAGCAUUACCAGCUGUUCCAUGAUACCGGAGACCUUCCCGCUCAUAUGGCCCCCACAAGAGAAGACCUCACAAUGUUACGGCAAGAGGUUCAGGACCUGCAUGUUUCUCUCAAGGAAGAAAGAUGGUUCUCUGGAGAGCUCAAGAAGGAAUUAGACAAAGUCCAAGGACAACUGAAGCAAAACGAAGGACCCGUGAGCUCAGACGACUCAGGUAGCGCCCUAGAAAGGAAAUUGAAUGAAUCGGAGACAGAAAAGUUCAACAUCAAGCAGAUGAAAGACCUGUUUGAGCAGAAGGCUGCCCAGCUGGCCACAGAGAUAGUAGACUUAAAGUCCCGCUAUGAUGAGGAGAAAAGCUUAAAGGAGGCUGCUGACCAGAGGCUUGCCAAAUUGACUGAACAACUGCAGAAAGAGAAGCAAGAGAACGAGAGACUCCAAACAGAACUGCUGCAGCGACCGGGAGUGGAGGAUGUAGAGGUACUGCAGAAGGAGCUGGUGCAGGUGCAGACGCUGAUGGACCGCAUGACACGUGAGAGGGAGGAAGAGUCCGAACGCCUCAAAAACCACUACGAGCAACUGCAGGCUAAUUACACUACCUCAGAGAUGACCAUAUCCCAACUGAAAGCAGAGCUGGAGAAGGGUCCACAGGAAGCAGCCGUCUAUACGCAACAGAUCCACCAGCUGCAGAGCAAUCUGAAUAAUUUGCAACAGCAAAGCCAGAGCCUGUCUGAAAAGCUGGCACAUAAGGAGAAAGAAUAUCAGGAGCUGGAGGAGUGUCUGGGGGCUGAGAAGGCUGCUAAGAAAGGAGUCCAGGACAGCUUGAGGGAGAGGGAGCAGGAGGUCCAAGAGCUCCAGGCUCGGGCCACCGGGGCCGAGACGUCCCUGCAGAAGGCCCAGACAGAGCUUGGAGAGAAAGCUGAGGAGGCGGCCAAGUUGAAGAGUGAGAUUGCGGAGCUGGAAGUGAAGCAUGCGGAGCUGAAGGUUGAGAGGAAACAGUUGGAGCAGCAGAGGGAAGAAAAAGAGAGCCAAGGUGCUCAGCAGCAGACUGAGAUCGGUCAGCUGCACGCCAAACUGCUGGAGGCAGAGAGGCAGCUUGGCGAGGUGCAAGGUCGUCUGAAAGAACAGAGGCAGCUGUCUGGGGAGAAACUAAAAGACCGCGAGCAGCAAGCAGCCGACCUGCAGCUCAAGCUCUCCCGUGCUGAAGAACAGAUGAAGGAGAGCGCCGGUAAGAACACAGACCUGCAGCACCAGCUGGAGAAAGCCAAGCAGCAGCACCAGGAGCUGCAGGUGCUGCAGCAGAACACCAAUGGCAAACUGCGUGAGGCACAGAACGACUUGGAGCAGGUGUUGCGUCAGAUUGGAGAUAAGGACCAGAAGAUCCAGAACCUGGAGGCUCUGCUGCAGAAGAGCAAGGACAUAGUGAGCCAGCUGGAAGCCGAGAGAGAGGACUUGUGCGCCAAGAUCCAGGCCGGGGAGGGUGAGACGGCUGUGCUCAACCAGCUAAAAGAGAAAAACCAUGCACUACAAGAACAGGUAACACAGUUGACAGACAAACUGAAGAACCAGUCAGAGAGCAACAAGCAAGCCCAGGAUAACCUACACGAGCAGGUCCAGGAGCAGAAAACCCUGCUGCGUUCAGCCCAGGACCGAGCCCACACCCUGGAGACUUCAGCCACUGAACUCACUGCCCAGCUCGCAGACAGCAAAGAGAAAGUGGCCCAGCUGGACUCUCAGCUGAAGGCAAAGACUGAGAUGUUGCUGUCUACAGAGGCAGCUAAGGCUGCACAGAAGGCCAACCUGGAGAACAACCUGGAGACUGCUCAGCAUGCACUGCAGGACAAGCAGCAGGAGCUGAAUAAAGUUCAGAAGAAGGUGGAGGAGAAGGCUCAAAGGCUCAAGGAGAGACAGGAGCAGUGCAUUCAGCUGGAAGCCAGUCUGAAGGAAUGCAAAGACAGACUUCUGGCCUCAGAACAGCGUAUAGAGCAGCUGGAGGGGCUCAAUAAGAAAUUGGAGACACAGGUGGGGGAGGUGCAGGCCACACGGGAUCAGGCGCAGCAGGAAGUGCAGAAGCUGCAGAAGGAGGGGUCAGAGAUUAAGCGCAAAGCCAAGGAGCUGCAGCGCUCACUGGAGACUGAGAUAGCAGGGGCUUCAACACUACAAGAGGAAUUAAAGCAAAAGGCAACUACUUUGAGUGACACCCAGCAGAAGCUGGAGCGCUGCGAGCAGGAGAAAGCUGCUCUCAAGGUGAAUCUGGACAAGGUGACUGAGGAGGGGAAGGCUCAGCAUGCAGAGCUGGACAGGAAAGCUCAGAGCCUGGCUGCAGACUUACUAAAGGCCCAAGAGGAGAAAGAGACUCAAAAGAAGGAGCUUACAUCCACUCAGGAGAGCCUGGGCAAGGCAAAAAAGGCGCUGAAAGAAAGUCAGAGUCAACUGGACACUGAGAGGAAGAGCCAUAAGUCAGCCAUGGAGGAGAAGGAAAAGUCAAAUGAAAAGGCCAAACAGGAGCUUCUGAAGAAUAAUGAGGGCAUCACCAAGGCAAUGAAAGAAUCUAAAGAGCAGUUGGAGCAGAUGAGAGAGGCAGAGAAAAAGUUGAAAGCGCAGCUGGCCUCACUGGAACAGCAGCACUCAAAGACUCAGGAGGUGCUGAAGGAAAAGGAGAAUGACUUGGAGAAGGUGCGGGCACAAUUUAAGAUGACCCAGGGGUCCUUUGAAGAGGAGAUGAAGAAAAUGACAGGCAAAGUAGCGGAGUUACAGGAAGUCAAUGUCAAGAAGGCAGAGGAGGAGAGCAAGCUGAAGGAGCAGGUGUCAGGGCUCAGCCAGGAGCUGGCCUCUGAGAGGAGCCGGACUGCAGAGCUGCAGAAGACCUUAGAGCAAAGUCAGGAAAGCUUCACCAAGCUACAGUCUGACUUCUAUGGCAAGGAGUCCGAGGUCUCUGCCCUGCGUCAAGACCUCAAAGUGUCAGAGGAGAAGCUAAGUGUGACCCAGGAGGAGCUGGCUGCUAACAGGACCCAUCAAACAGGUUUAGAGGCUCAGAUCCAGGAACUGAAGGCGGGCCGGGCCUCUCUGGAGCAGGAGCUCACCAAACGGGAUCAGAGGCUCCAACAGACGGAAAAAGCCCAGAAGGAGCUGCAGAAACAACAGGGUCUAGUUAAGGAGGAACUGGAGAAGGAGAGGGCCAAUGUGGAGGAGCUGAACAAAGCCAAGAGUGUCCUGGAAAAGAACAACACCAGACUGACUUCAGAGUUAAAGGAACUAACAGAGAGGAGCGAGAAGGAGCUGGGUGAGUUGCGGGAAGCCAAACAGCUGUUGAUCCAGCAGAAACUGGAGCUGCAGGGUCAGGUGGAGGUGGCACAGGGUGCCCUUGAGAAGGAGCAGAAGGAGCACCAGGCCACCAGGGACAGCAGGAGCCAGAGAGAGGAGCAGCUCCUCGCCAAAACCAAGGAUGUCCAGGAUCAGCUGGUGGCAGAGAAACGAGCCAGAGAAGAGCAGGUGAAACGCGGGGAGGAGGCAGAAGCUAAGAUGAGCGUUCAGGUGACGGCUCUGAAUGAAAAUGUGGCCACGCUGAAGAGGGAGUGGCAGGGCAGCCAGCGGCGGGUCAGUGAACUGGAGAAGCAGACGGAUGAGCUGAGAGGAGAGAUUGCUGUGCUGGAGGCCACCGUCCAGAACAACCAGGACGAGAGACGUGCUCUUUUGGAAAGGUGUGUGAAGGGCGAGGGUGAGAUAGAGAAACUGCAGGCCAAGGUGUUGGAAUUGAGGCGGAAGCUCGACGACACGACAGCGGCCAUGCAGGAGCUGGGCAGAGAGAACCAGUCGCUCCAGAUCAAGCAGUCGCAGUCUCUCACCAGGAAGUGGGCCGAGGAUCACGAGGUACAGAACUGUAUGGCCUGUGGGAAAGGCUUUACCGUCACCGUCAGGAAGCAUCAUUGCAGACAUUGCGGAAACAUUUUCUGUGCCGAGUGUUCGGCCAAGAACGCCCUCACGCCGUCCUCUAAAAAGCCAGUACGGGUCUGUGAGACGUGCUUCGAGGAGCUCCAAGGCUGAUUUCCCCCUGCUCAUCUCCUUCCCCCCCCCCCCCCCCAACACCCCUUCACCCCUCCCCUCCUUCCCUUCCCCCUACCUGCUCCAGCGGACAGAAGAAGGCGCGUCUUUGUCGCAUUUAAUGUGCACUAUAAAGGACAGACCCAUUGCAAAGACCCUCCACCUGCAUGUGACUUCUGGCUCUGGUGUGGAGGGGGGGGUUUAUGAGCUCAGUAAAGGGUUUUAUUGCAGAGACAUCAGAGCCAUGUGAUGGGAUAGAGUGGGGUUUGGUUGGGAUUGUCUGUAUCUGUUUUUGUGCCUUUGCUACUCCUGUGGACUGCCAGAGAGCGGAGACAGAGAGAACUAAACACCAUCCAUCUCUUUUACGUUCAUAUUCACAUCUGCAUUGUUGUUUGGCAUCAUUGGCGACGGCGAGGUGGCUGCUUCGUGAGUUUGUAAAAUGUUCAGCAUCAGUUGUCAGGAGGUGUAAAGUCAGUGUGACACUGCAAGAGUGAACUGGGAGGGAAGUAAAUAUUGUAAUAGUGAUGUUGAAAAUCACUGCUGCCCCACAAAGGUAAAUGCAAGUAACUCUUUUGUCAAAAAAAAAAUCUGUAAAAGUAUUAAUAAAGAAAUAGAAAUUCAGAUUUUUGUAGCAAGGAAGUUAAAAUCAAGUGAUCAGUAAAUGCAAACUUUUUUUUUUCAUAUAAUUAAUACAUUUAACUGGCAUACUGUGAUUAAUAUGUGUAAUACAAAUUUGUCAUAUGAAUACUAAGGUUAUAUUUACAACUUGGCCUCAUAUUAUCUGCAUGAAUUACAUGCUAUUAAUGGUUCAUUUGGCCCAAAAAACAAAGCUACAAAAGUGUGUUUGUAUAUCAGCUGAUGUUUGUGAACAGGAUUUCAUUGAUAUAUAAAGUAGAGAUUUUAAGUUCAUGUGGGUAAAGAGCACUAGAUCUUUUGGAGAAUAUUGUACAGUAUAGAUAGCUAAAGGGAAGUAACUACAGCUUGAGAUUUUAAAGGUCAAAAGUAAUUUUUGUGGGGGGGGAUUAUAAAUCGUCAAUUGUGAAAUUACUAACCUAAAGAAAACAAUUCAGCAACCGUUUUGUGCACCAGCCGUUUUCUGUACGAGUCUUGAAUUAAUGUGUAACCCCAAAUCGGUUACUGCAUGUUGCCUUUGUGUGGCAGAGUGUUUGUUUAUGUGUUGAAAUUAAUGUAUUCAGCCUAUUUCAUGACCAAAGAAUGUCUGCAGCAGGAAUAGAGACGAGAGGAAAAGCCCUGAGUUUGUUUCAUAUAUCAGUGUUUUUAUCUAAGCGUCUCUUUUGAAAGCUUUUGAGUUUUUAAACCACAGGGUUCAACAUUUUAAUCUUGAACACAGCAUGUAUGACGAUCUGAGAGGCUUUUUUUUUUUUUUAAUGUACAGUUGGAUGUUUUUUUUGCUGUGCCACAUUUCUCUUUACAUGCUAAUUUCUGCAAAAAUUGUGGUGCUUUCUGCAGACUGGUGAUGCAGUCAUUGAAGGUGCCUGCAUGUUUGUUUGUUUGUUUUUAAAAUUUUUUUUUCCUGCUGCUUGUCUCCACUCAACAGCACUGACUACUGCUGGAGCUGUGUAUGUGUGUAUGCGUGUGCGUGUGUAUGCGUGCUCUGCUUUGAAGCAAUAACUGUGGCUGCGUGUGAUGUUGCUGUAACAAGAGCGUGUGUAUUAGUGUGUGUACACUUUAGGCCCUGCUGUGUUGUCUGCCUGAGAUGCACUGUACGAAUGUCGGCUGCUCGGAACCUCAGUAUCUCUCCGGCACGUUAUUCGGGGACGUCGGUGCUGAUUUCAGGUGCUGGUCGGUUCUCUGUUCAACCUGUCUGCAGCUGAGAACACUGUAAAAGUUAAUUCCUCCUUUGUAUAAUUUAUAAUUGCUGUCAAGUUGUCAGAUAUUGGUAAGAUCUUUUUGUCUUAAGACUGGAGCAGGCUAUAACACUGUAAGCCAGACGACAACGCAGACUGUUCUGGCAGUUUUUUUUUUUUUUUUUUUUCGUUUUAUCUUCAGACUUAUCAAAUGAGCUCUUUAUGCUUGUACGCUCAUUGCAAAAGAAUGUCCAUCUCAGCUGCAAAAGCUCUCGACACCACCUGUCUCUUUUUUGCAUUGCAUUGGUUUUGUUAUGUCUACCUCAGAUUGGCACAGGAAAAGCACUAUUUCUAAACCUUAGAGAUCACAAAUAUUGUAUCAUUGCCUGGAUUUGGUCAAGAAUUUGUGAUCUAUCAAGUUGUACAGACCCUAAAACCUAGAGAGAUGAUUUGCACCUUAUUAUAUUCUGGGCUCGUCAGUAUGAGAACCCAGCCACAAACGUAGGACCACCAACUUUAUACAGGCUUCAGCAUUUCUAGCCCCGAUGUACUUAAACUGCUCAUUAAUAUUAAGGCUGACAUAAUUAUCUUUGUAAAUGUUUGUAAUGAAAGAGAAAAAGGAAAUAUAUAACACUUGUGGAUGUAGAAACAUGACAACAGUGAAACUGUGUGUGGAUUCAUCGGUCUUACUCAUUUUUACAAAAUGGCACCACAGACCUGUACACACUGAAUUGUGGCUUGCUUCGUGUUGCUGUCAGUUAUCAUGCAUGAUGACUUAACUGGCCUGUGGCUCGCACCUUUUCUUCAUUUGUCAUUAUUCGGUGGUUGUGAAGGUGUGCCUUAGGCCGACGUCUUGUACGUCUCCGCUCACCAUUAGCGGCGAGCGGCGACAAGCACCGUGCACUGUCAGGGUGACCUCUGUCCACCUGAAGGGACGAGAUUUAAAAAAAAAAUGGCAUUUAUGUUCACAUGCACCAGUUGAUUUUUUUUUUUUUUUUUUUAAAUUCAGCAUCAUGACGAACCUAAAUAAAACCUACAGUAUGUUUCUA